AUGGCUCUCCGUGUGAAUAUUCCGCCAGCGACCCGGAUCUGUCUCAUCAGUCUGCUCACACUCUCCUUACUCUACAACAUCGCCAGAUGGCGUCAAAUUGACACCACGGGGGGAACGCCUUCGGUCACUCCCAUAAUCCCCUACUUGACCCUCGUACCGUCGCUUUUUAUCUUCUAUCCCUGGACAAUUCUCACGGCGACGUUUGUGGAACAGAAUAUCUUCACGGUGCUUUUGAACGCGGCCACCCUCUUCUACGGUGGGAAGUACUUGGAGCGCGCAUGGAGUUCCCGCGAAUUUGCGAAAUUUAUUCUCACCAUUGCGGUUGUCCCAAAUGUGGUGAUCGUGCCUCUAUUUCUUGUAUGGUCGGCUAUUAGAGGCAACUCAAGCAGCAGCGUAACCCAAAUCUGCGGUGGGAUAUCUAUCCAAGCCUCGUUCCUCGUCGCUUUCAAGCAGCUCGUACCGGAGCACACAGUAACGCUAUUCAAGGGUCUGGUGAAAAUGCGCGUCAAACAUUUUCCCGCAUUGUUUUUGCUGUUGAACACGCUCAACGGUGUGGUGUUUGGGACACACGUGGCAGCCAUUCUUUCUUGGCUCGGAUUAUUGACCAGUUGGUCAUAUCUGCGGUUCUUCAAGCGGCAGCCAGAUCUCACCGGCACCAGCACGGACGGGUUGGGUAUUAAGGGUGAUGCCAGCGAAACCUUUGCCUUCGCCUGUCUCUUCCCGGAUGCGAUCCAGCCGCCGAUUGCAUUCAUCUCCGACCAGGUCUAUUCUCUCCUCGUCGCGUUGAAGAUAUGCACACCAUUUUCAGAAGAAGAUAUUGCAUCAGGAAACCAACAAGUCCUCGCGAGAGGAGAGGCCGGCCUCCCCAGCCUUCUUAACAACCAGAGAGGUGGCAUGAGGGGUAUGGCGAAGCGGGAGGAGGCGGAGAGGCGACGUGCCCUGGCACUCAAAGCUUUGGACCAGCGACUUCAGGCUGCCGCUGCUGGGAGAGCACAAUCCCAACCGGCCGCGUCGAGCCAGCCAGGACCCAGUCAAGCUCAGACAGCAACGCCGACUGUGUCAGCCGGGCAGGGUAUGCUCGGUGAAACCAGUUACACGCCUGACCAUUCGUGA